AUGGCGCUCAAGGGGCGGUCGUCGUUCGCGAAGCAGCCGCGGAAGUCGUGGCGCGCGAAGCUGAUGACCCUGGAGGUGACCGUACUAUCGGCGGAGAAGGUCGUCACGGGGUGGCUCUGGCGCCGCCCGCUGGAUCGCGACGCGUUCGCCGCGGUCAACACAGACUCGUCGUCCGCCCGUACCGGCUUCAACGACGAGGACGGCGACUGCAAUGGGUACCCCUACUGGGGCGAGGCCGUGCGCGUGACGGUGCCGAAGCAGUCGAGGACGAUCGACGUGGAGAUCUACCGCCAGAGGGGCGACGGCCGGCAGGAGUUCGUGGCAGCGGCGCUCGUGCCCGUCGCGGACUUCCGCGCCGGCCCGCCGGGCCACCUGCAUUGCCUCAGCUACCGGCUGUUUGACACCGGGCUCAUGAUGAAGACCCGUAACGGCAUUGUCAACAUCACCGUCAAGAGGCUCGACGGCGCGCAAGCCAGUGCGACGGCGGGCGAAAGGAAAGGCUCGAAGGCUGCGGAGGAUGCCACCAAGUUGCAUUAG